AUGCUGAUAUUCUCAGUCCUGUGCGUUCUGGUGAGCAGUUAUAUAAGUCCACCACGUUCGCGAUCAGGUGCUAAUCACUUGGAACAAGAGUUAAAGAGAAUUGAACAAUUGGGAGCUAAGCUUGAAGAAGACAUGGUGAUAUUGAGUGAACAGAUUAAUAAUCUGCAAUGCAAGAACGAAAGUGGUAACGUAUCGACGGUAAAGCGAAGCCUACAAUCAAAAGCAGCAUCGAUGCAAGAUCAGUACUCAUAUGGCCAACAGCAACCGAUGCAACAACAAUCGCGACAACAGCAACAACAACAACAACCGCAACAACAACAACAAUCACAACAACAGCAACCACAACAACAACAACAACAGCAACCACAACAACAACAAUACUACUCAUCCAAUAUGAUGAUGAAGAGACAAAUGGGAGGGAAAAUUAACCACAAUUCACAACAACCAAUGAGCGCAUACUCCCAAUAUUCCAAUUCAUACGGAGCACAGAGUGGAUAUGGACAACCCAUUGGUCAAUCACAAAUGAUGAAACGUCAACAACAGUCAAAACUAGCACAAGCUUACUAUCCUUCACAACAAGGUCAACAACAACAACAACAACAAUUACAACAAUAUGGAUAUCCACCCAUUAAGCCUCACAUGCAAAUGGGAGGGAUAAAUAUGCAACCUCAACAACUCCCAUAUUUCCAACAACCUCAAUAUUACGAUAACAUAGGAUUUGAUGAAAAUCAACAAGACAGUUAUGAGACUGUUGAUGGGCCAUAUGUUUAUGAUGACGACGUCGAAGAACCGGUUAUGGGUGAUGUUGUGAAACGUGAAUUGAUGUAA